CACCGCGCUGAUCCGAAGCCAGGAGCCAGGUGCUUUUUCCUGGUCUCCCAUGGGGUGCAGGGCCCAAGCACUUGGGCCAUCCUCCACUGCACUCCCUGGCCACAGCAGAGAGCUGGCCUGGAAGAGGGGCAACCGGGACAGAAUCCGGUGCCCCGACCGGGACUAGAACCCGGGGUGCCGGCGCCACAAGGCGGAGGAUUAGCCUAGUGAGCCGCGGCGCCGGCCUCAAAUAUAAAAUAAUUCUAAAAAAAAAAAAAAAAAAGGCUGGGCAGAUGUGGGAAUAGUGGGCUGCUUUCAUGGGUCCAGGGUUUCCUUAUGGGAGGAGAAAAAUGUUGAACAUUAGAUUGUGGUGAGUUGUGCUGUGCAAAGCCCAUGUGUACACUUAGACACGUAUGUGUAUGUGUACAUAUAUUUAUUUAAAAGGCAGAGGAGAGAGAAGGAGUUGGUUCAUCCACUGGGUCAGCCCCGGAUGCCUGCCUGGGCUGUGCGCGUGGCCGGGACCACAUAUUUGAGGUUCCCAGGAGUGCAGAGCUGGACUCGAACCAGCCACUGGGUCAUGAGAUGUGUGCGGCCCAAGCGGUAGCCCCUUAAAUGGCACCGUUUAAGGGAUGUAAAUCACACCUCCGCCACGAUCUGCCUUUCCCGGUUCUAGAAGCCAGAAUCUAGGAGACGGAGACCUCAGGCUUGGGUCAGGCCGCAGCGGCCCAGCCCAGGACGCCCUGCCUGGAGCGGGGCGGAGGUGGUGACCGGCACAGGGAAGUGCUCAGUCCCGCUGGGAGCCCCGGGUGUGAGGCUGCGGGCACUGCUGCCCCAGGUUUAAACAUGAGGGUGGGGGAGAAAAGCCAGGUGAUGUGGGGGAGGUCUCUGACCCCCAGCCUGGAGGGCUUUUCCUCCGCGGAAAGUUGACAGCCCGCGGAAGCGCGGGUCCAGCGGUUGCCCCCUCUCGCGAUUUGAUCAGCGCUGGAUCUGGCGCGCUCCCGCGGCUGACGGUCGCCUAGCAACGCGGACAGUGGCGGACAGCCAUGGAGGGGCGCUCAGCGUCCGGGCCGGGGACCGUGAGCGCGGCGGUGCGCGAGCACCUGCGGCAGCUGUGCCUGCGCGAGUUCCCCUGUGGCACGGGCAGCUGGAAUAAGUCUCGCUUUGGUCCUCGAACUGGGCAAAUGUGGAGGGAGCUGGACCCCAGAGAGGAGGAGACAGUGGAAGCCCUGCUGGACCUCGUGCGCAGCCCCCACUCGCCCUGGGCUCUGCCGAGCGGCUCCAGCACGGAGGACCAGUUCCUGCGAGAGCUGGCCAUCCAGGACCCGCUGCAGCUCAAGGACUCCUUCUUCUACUCCUACUUCCGGACCCUGCGGGUGGUGGACAAGGAGGUGAGUCUGGUGGAUAAAGACCUCCUGAAGUUUCUAAAGCUGGAGGAGUUGAUUCUGAGCGCCAAUCAUAUCAAGGAAGUGGAUGCGGCCAAUCUGCCCAGGACACUCAAGGUGCUGGAGCUAUACGGCAACGAGCUGGCCAGCAUGGAGUCUCUGUGUGUCCACCCUCCGCCCCCGGGCCUCCAGCACUUGGGCUUAGGCCACAACAAGCUCCUGGGCCCACUGGAAAGCCUGUAUGUCACCGCCAGCCACUGGCCCAGCCUCGUCUCCCUCGAUCUGGGCUUCAACGACCUGACCGACCUGCAGAGCAUGAUGGCUGCCCUCCGGAGCCUGCGGCGCCUGCGGCUGCUGGUGCUGCAGGGGAACCCGCUGGCCCUGGUGCCGUACUACCGCGGCUUCACCAUCGACAGCCUGGCCCCACUCUGUGUGCUGGACGACAUCACCGUGUCCCCCAACGAGAAGCACCAGUUCCGGGGGCUCAGCCUCCACGGGGAUCUCUUGGCACACGCGGCGCAGUUGGUGGUGACCAUUGGCAAUAUCAGGGGGGUUCUGGACAGCUCCGUCUUGGACCCCGAGCCAGGGCCCGAAGGCCCGUUCGCCUCUUACACCUAUUACGUGACCUACGACUUCGUGGAGGAUGAGGAGGGCGACAGGAAGGAGUACAGUGGCGUGCUGGCCGAGAUCGUCCAGCCGUCCCCCAGCGCCGAGCUGCUGGGUGAGGACUUCAACGAAGACUUCCCGGAGGAGUUGGGCGGGGAGGCCUCCGAGGAGGCGGAGUCUGCAGAGUCGGCCACCACCGAGCUGCUGGACUCGGAGCUGUCCUUGGUCUCGGCCGCCCUGCCCAGGUCCACAGACUCGGCCGAAGAGCUGGCGAAGCUGCGGCCCCGGAUGGAUGACCACCUCUGCCUGUCCCCAGGGACAGUCCUGUUCAGCACGGCCCGCAAGCCCUGGAGUGAGGUGAUCGCCUGUGGCUACGAGAUGCAGCACGGCCUGAAGGACCUGGUGCCGCUCAAGGCCUUCCUGCUGGCGGGGACCACUGUGACUGUCAUGGAGGAGAAGAUCCUGUCUUGGCCCUUGAUGUCACCCUCUGUGGACAGUUCCUUGCCUACCAAGAAAGGGAAGAAGGAGAAAGACAAGAGAGGGAAGGCAGAGAAGGAGUCUCCCAAGCCUCCCCCACAGGAGCGAAAGGGGUCCAGGAGGAAGAAAGAGCCGUCCAGCGAGCUCCGGCAGGACCCGCCCGUCACGCAGGUGCUGGGCAGCUGCCUGGUGGUCCUGGAGCCCCUGCUUGCAGGGGAGCCCCUGGUGUCCACUGUGUGCAACUUUGGGGUGGUCCGCACCCCGGAAUCCGACAGGCUCACGUUUGCCAGGGACUCGAAGAAGGCUAAGAAGGGUGCCAAGAAAGGUAAGUGCCGCGGCGGUGACUGUGGGUGCAGAGGGCUGGAAGGAAGGAGGUGGCAUCUUCCGGUCCCUGGCAGGGCCACGUCCAUCAGAGGACCAAGUCCUGGGCCUUGCCUGCAGCCCCGAGGCCCUGUGGUGCGAAAAGGCAGGGGCAUGGGCUGCCCCGGGAGCCGCAGUUUGCCCAGACAGAACCUGGACGUGCUCCGGGGCCAGCAGGCAGCGGGCAGUGGGCAGCUGUUGCAGCUCUGAAAUAGCGAAGUGUCGGGCUUGAGUUUAGAGGCUUGGAGGCCCAGCCAGGAAGCGGGGAGGCGCCAGGAGGCUGCCGGGGGACACAAGGCAAGAUCCGCAGAAAAGCCAAAGCCACCGCAGUGUGCACCCGUUGUCGACUGAAGAGGCACAGGGCUGGCCAUGCAGCACGAGGCCCUGGAGCGCGGCUGCGAUCAGCCAGGCCCAGGGCCGGCCGCCCGCUGUGGGAUGUGUGGGUGUGAUCAGCGAGGCCCGGGGCCCGGCCGCCCGCUGUGGGAUGUGCCCGGGACGUGCGGGUGUGAUCAGCGAGGCCCAGGGCCCGGCCGCCCGCUGUGGGAUGUACCCGGGAUGUGCCCGGGACGUGCGGGUGUGGUCAGCGAGGCCCAGAGCCCGGCCGCCCGCUGUGGGAUGUGCCCGGGACGUGCGGGUGUGGUCAGCGAGGCCCAGGGCCGGCCGCCCGCUGUGGGAUGUGCCCGGGAUGCGCAGCUGAGCCGAGUGGGUGUGCGGUUGCCCGGGGCUGCAGGAGGGGAAGCGCAGUGACGGCUCGUGAGUGCAGGAUUUCCACUUGGGGUGAUGGACUUAGGUGGUGGGGGCGACACAGCAUUGAGAAUAUACUGAAAACCACUGCAUUGUGCAUCUUAAGGUGGAGAAUUUUAUGUUUUCCGAAUUUUUUUUUUUAUCUCAAUGAAAAACAGUAACUUUCAGUGUCAGGUAUGAGGUGAGACCGGAGAAGGGCUGAGCCCGCAGCUGGCACCCCGGUUAGGGGGUGAGGUUGGCCAGGCCGUGAGGCGCUGGGCUGGGGUGCACAUCCGAAGCCUUUUCCACAAGGACCCCUCCCCUUUUUCACCUUCUCCCCUCGGCCCCGCCUAUCACCGACAGCAGGUGGAUGGGGGCUACUCUAGCCGCCCCUCCCCCACUCGUGGCCUGGGCCUCCUGGUUAGGGCAGCCCUGCAGGAAGCUCUGUGUGUGUGGUUUAAUUUCGUCUCCUCUCCCACGUUGCCAGCGCUGGGCCGCCAGAGGGCAGGCCCUGGCCUCAGCACAGUGGCAGUGGUGCGCAGACCCCCACUGAGAGACCGCGCCUGGGUGGGGGGAACGCCACAAAGAUGAAUGAGCUCGGGCCACAGUCCCCUAAGAACAAAGGCCUGGAUUUUUUUUUUUUUUUUUUUUUUUGACAGGCAGAAUUAGAGACAGAAAGGUCUUCCUUCCGUUGGUUCACCCUCCAAGUGGCUGCUGCGGCCGGCGCACCGCGCUGAUCCGAAGCCAGGAGCUGGGUGCCUCUCCUGGUCUCCCAUGCAGGUGCAGGGCCCAAGCACUUGGGCCACAGCACAGAGCUGGCCUGGAAGAGGGGCAACCGGGACAGAAUCCGGCGCCCCGACCGGGACUAGAACCUGGUGUGCCGGCGCUGCAGGCAGAGGAUUCACCUAGUGAGCCGCGGUGCCGGCCAAAUGCCUGGAUAUUUAUAGGAAGACAAAGAGUUGUGAAUGUGUGCCGUCCGUCAUCCGGUAAAGCGGUAACCGAGCCGACAGCACAAGGAGGCAGCAGCACAAGGCUUCCCGUGCCAUCCCUGCUGUGUCCACACCGGCCCGAGAGCGAGAUCGGACUUGCAGGGCCUGAGGGCUGGCCGGGGUCACGGGAGCAGUGGGAACCCCAGGACGUGCCCUGGGGAAAGGGGAGGGCGUAGGUGACCAGGCAGAGCCCGGCCUGGAAGGCAGGAAAAGCCCCGCACUGCUGGGGGCACAUGCACUUGCAAGUAAACUGGAUCCAAGGAGGAAACAAAAGGGAGAAAAGCGAGACUAAAGGCCUGCAUAGACGCCCUGUGCUGUGCCCGGGGCGGGGGGCUGGGGGUGGCGGUUUCCCGGGCUCGGCACCCUCUCAGGGUCACCUGUCUCGGGCGGGGCCGGCCGUCAGCAGGCGGCUUCAAGCAGAUUCUGAGUUCUUUUUUUUUUUUUUUUGACAGGCAGAGUGGACAGUGAGAGAGAGAGACAGAGAGAAAGGUCUUCCUUUGCCGUUGGUUCACCCUCCAAUGGCCGGCGCGCUAUGGCCGGCGCAUUGCGCUGAUCCAAUGGCAGGAGCCAGGUGCUUCUCCUGGUCUCCCAUGGGGUGCAGGGCCCAAGCACUUGGGCCAUCCUCCACUGCACUCCCUGGCCACAGCAGAGAGCUGGCCUGGAAGAGGGGCAACCGGGACAGAAUCCGGCGCCCUGACCGGGACUAGAACCCGGUGUGCUGGCGCCACAAGGCGGAGGAUUAGCCUAGUGAGCCGUGCCGCCGGCCCAGAUUCUGAGUUCUUAGGGGGCUAAAGUGGGCUGAAGCCCUGGCCUGAAGCGCUGGCAUCCCAUAUGGGCACUGAUUCUAGUCCUGGCUGCUCCUCUGACGAUCCAGCUCUCUGCUGUGGCCUGGGAUAGCAGUAGAAGAUGACCCAAGUCCUUGGGCCCCUGCACCCACGUGGGAGACCUGGAAGAAGCUCCUGGCUUCAGAUCAGUGGAGCCGCGGCUGUUGCAGCCAUCUGGGGAGUGACCCAGCGGAUGGAAGACCUCUCUCUGUGUCUACCUCUCUCUGCAACUUUUUCAAAUAAAUAAAAU